AUGGACACUGCUGGAAGCUAUGGUGUCACAAAUCCUGGUGGGGCAAAUAAAGGUCUUUUUGAAAGGGCUAAACGUAUAGCCACUUCGAAAGUAUUGCAUCUUCAAGGGCCAAUAUUUCACGAUAUGUUUUCCAUAUCACGCUAUAUGUUGAAUCAAGCGGAUGUCAAAUUAAAGUUCUACAGAACUUCUCCAGGGUUUUGUUUGAUUGGUGAUGAAGCAUCACCAGCCUUCAAAAUAGAGAUAGAGGACAUUUACAUUUUAGCCAAGAAAAUACGCGUGAAUCCUGCGGUCAUUUAUGGUCAUGCAGAAAUUCUAAAAACACAGAAUGCAAAAUACCCGUUCAACAGAGUAGAAUGUCGUACUCAAAGCAUACCUAGCGGAAGCUCUAGUUUCAACUAUGAGAACAUGUUCCCAGGUCAAAGACCUAAUAAGGUCGUUAUAGGCUUUGUGAAUUCAAAAGCUCUAUCUGGUGACUACAAGCAGAAUCCUUUUAACUUUCUAAACUGUAACAUUCGAAGCAUAUGUCUGUACUGUGAUGGUUUACCAGUUAAUGGAGCUCCUCUGAAACUUGACUUCAACUCAACCACUGGCGUGACGGAUGUGCGGGCCUAUGUAAACGCAUUUACAUCUAUGGGGGAAAUGAAGAGAGGAUGA